CCACCCCCCUCCCGGUCAGGGCCUGGUCAAGUGUAAAGAAGUCUAGGGGGCCUUUAACUUGUCGCAAUACAAUCUUUUGGUGACGGCGCGCGCGUGUCUUAAAAGGAUUUUGGGGUUUUUUUUUGUCAAUGUUUUUAUUCUAAAUAUAAAUAUAUAGACGUACGUUUCAUACGUGUACGUACCAUUAUUAUUGUGCUGGUCUCAAUUAUCGGGACGUCUUAGCCUUCGUAGAGGAUAGCGGCGGCGGCGGCGGCGAUGCUGAUGAAGUCCCGGCUGGAGUUUGCGGCUCAAGGGCCCUGGGAUCCACAUCGAUGACUUGGGGUUGAUGGGACAGGCUGGGAGACCGUCAAUUAUUUGAUCGUCGUCGUCGUCGUUAUCGUCGUAGUUAGUUAUUCGUCACGAAUCACCAUUGUCAUCAAUCGUCGUCAGUGGCGGCUGCUGCUGCUGCUGCAUUGUCUCGCUAGCUCCGGGAGCCGCUGUCCCAUGCAAUGGCUGCUCCGAGACCCUCGUCACGCUAUGAAGCGACGCCCGGCUUCGGAAAGUCCCAGCUGCAGGUCACCGUGGUGAGCGCCCGGCUGCGGGAGGUCAAGAAGUCGCUGCUGGGGUCCCGUCCGUACGUCGAGCUGGUGGUCGAUGGUCAGCCGGAGUCGUCCAAGAAGACGGACAAAGUGAACAGCGUCACCCACCCACGCUGGGAUGAGCACUUCACCGUGCUCGUGACGCCGCACAGCAAAGUGGAGCUCAGGGUGUGGAACCACCACGCGCUGCGAUCGGACACGCUCGUCGGCAAGACCAUCGUGGAAAUCUACGAGGCGCUCAAGAGCAACGAGGGGAAACUGGAGAACGUGACCUUGAAGCAGACGCUGCGCGGAGACGUCAAGGGUCGCGUGGGCGGCGAGUGCGGCGACCUGGAGAUCUGCCUCGACGGGAUGAUCGUCAGCCUCGACGCGCUGCCCAACGGACGCCUCGUGCCCAACAAGCCGAUGCAGAAUGGGGAGCUUGCGAGAGCGGACAUCGGCGCCGGCGGUGGCGGUACGUCAGCGUCUUCCGAAACGCCGGGCGACUCCACCGUGCCGGCCACCUCCCCGCCGUCGUCGCCAACCUCGUCCAGCGCUGCCAGGACCAGGCCGUGGUCGCAGCUGGACGCUUCGGCCACGAGUGGCGGCGGAGGAGCAGCGGACGAAGCGGUCGCGCCGUCGACACCCGGCGCCACGGGCCUGGCCACAACCUCCACCGCCGCGGCCUCCCCCUCCACGCUCGCAAACAAACUCAGGAAGCCUCCUCCUCCUCGGCCGACGAGCAUCCCGUGCAAUGUUAACGGCGACGCCGCGUCUCCGCCGUCUUCGUCGUCCACCUCCUCCGCGCAAGCCGCAGCUUCGUCGGCGACGGAUGCGCAGCAAGCGGGAACGCCCCCCGGCGCGCCGGUGGCGUCUGCGGCAUCGGUGGCGGCUGCUGUCUCGGCGGGCGCCGUCUCGGGGCCGCCGGCCUCUCCCCCGACGCUCGCCGCCGACCAGCAGGGGCCGGCGCCGGCGCCGGCGCCUUCGCCGGCGCUGCCGCUUCAGCCGCCGCCGCACACCGCCGGCUCCUCGUCGGAUGCAGACGGCGCCCCGAACUCGGAGGCCGGGCCGCCACCGCCGCCGCCGCCAAUACAGGCCGACGGCUGCCCCGUGGGAGAGAUGCAGAGUCCCGAAGUUUGCCAAGGCCCUCUGCCGGCCAACUGGGAGCAGAGGACAGACCCUCACGGGAGGACGUAUUACGUGGACCACAACACCCGCACCACCACGUGGGAGAGGCCGCAACCACUGCCGCUCGGGUGGGAGCGGCGCGUGGACCCGCGGGGGCGCGUGUACUACGUGGACCACAACACGCGCACCACCACGUGGCAGCGUCCCACCAUGGAGUCGGUGCGCAACUUCGAGCAGUGGCAGAUCCAGCGCAACCAGCUGCAGGGAGCCAUGCAGCAGUUCAACCAGCGCUACCUCUACCAGACCGCCACUGCUGCGGCUGAGAAUGACCCCCUGGGUGCCCUGCCUGGAGGCUGGGAGAAGAGGGUGGAGCAGAACGGCAGAGUCUACUUCGUCAACCACAACACGCGCACCACGCAGUGGGAGGACCCUCGGACACAGGGGAUCGUGAACGAGGAGCCGCUGCCCGAGGGUUGGGAGAUGCGCUACACAAAUGAGGGCGUCCGCUACUUUGUGGACCACAACACGCGCACCACCACCUUCCAGGACCCCCGGCCUGGCGCCAAGGCUUCCGGGACCAAGGGCGCCUAUGGGGUGCCCAUCGCUUACGAGCGCAGCUUCCGGUGGAAGUUGGGCCAGUUUCGCUACCUGUGCCAGAGCAACGCUUUACCCGGGCACGUGAAGAUCAGCGUGACGAGACAGACGCUCUUCGAAGACUCCUUCCAGCAGAUCAUGGCCAUGAAGCCCUACGACCUGCGGAGGAGGCUCUACAUCAUCUUCCGCGGGGAGGAAGGCCUGGACUACGGAGGACUUGCCAGGGAGUGGUUCUUCCUGCUGUCGCACGAGGUGCUCAACCCCAUGUACUGCCUGUUUGAGUACGCGGGCAAGAACAACUACUGCCUGCAGAUCAACCCGGCCUCCAGCAUCAACCCCGACCACCUCGCCUACUUCCGCUUCAUCGGCCGCUUCAUCGCCAUGGCCCUGUACCACGGGCGCUUCAUCGACACAGGCUUCAGUCUGCCCUUCUACAAGCGCAUGCUGAGCAAGAAGCUCACCAUCAAGGACCUGGAGUCCAUCGACACGGAGUUCUACAACUCCCUCAUCUGGGUCCGUGACAACAACAUCGAGGAGUGCGGGCUGGAGAUGUUCUUUGCGGUUGACAUGGAGAUCCUGGGAGAGAUCAAGUCACAUGACCUGAAGCCCGAAGGCAGCGAGGUCCAGGUCACGGAGGAGAACAAGGAAGAGUACAUCAGGCUGAUGUCAGAGUGGCGGUUUUCGCGAGGAGUGGAGGAGCAGACCAAGGGUUUCCUCGACGGCUUUAACGAGGUGGUGCCUCUGCAGUGGUUGCAGUACUUCGACGAGAAAGAGCUGGAGCUGAUGCUGUGCGGCAUGCAGGAGAUCGACCUCACCGACUGGCAGCGCAGCACCAUCUACAGGCACUACAACCGCAACAGCAAGCAGAUCGUGUGGUUCUGGCAGGUGGUGCGGGAAAUGGACAACGAGAAGAGGACCCGGCUGCUCCAAUUCGUGACGGGCACGUGCCGCCUUCCCGUCGGAGGCUUCAACGAACUCAUGGGGAGCAACGGAGCGCAGAAGUUCUGCAUCGAGAAAGUCGGCAAAGACACUUGGCUGCCUCGAAGCCACACCUGCUUCAACCGCCUGGACCUCCCGCCGUACAAAAGCUUCGAGCAGCUCAAGGAGAAGCUGCUCUACGCCAUCGAGGAGACGGAGGGCUUCGGGCAGGAAUGACCCGACCGCUCACGCACGCAGACUGGCCCGCCACAGCCCGUGGCGCCCACCACCAUUGCGCCGUGGGGCCUGCUCUGAUCCGUGAGCGGCCGACCCAAGCGGGCGACCACAACCCGCUCGUCCUGUCCCGUCUUGCCCGUGCCGGCUGUGAACGGGCACGUGGGGGGGGGCAGUAGCCGACGGAGCGUCGCGACGUUUCUCCGUCUGCUCGCUGCGCGGGAGGGCGUGGGGGCGGGGAGAGGCCGUCGCAAGGCCCAGGCUCGGGGGCAUCGCGACGACGAGGACAACAGUAGCACUGCCACCACCUUCAUCACCUUAGCUGCCACCAUCCCUACCACCACCUCAAUCAUCAGCACCACCGCCACUGCCGACACGACCACUGCCGACACUUCUCCUGUCACUUCCAUCACCACCAGUGUCGUCAUCACUACCAUCACCACCAGUGUCGUCAUCACUACCAUCACCACCAGUGUCAUCACUACCAUCACCACCAGUGUCGACAUCACUACCAUCACCACCAGUGUCGUCAUCACUACCAUCACCACCGCCAUCACGACCACCAUCGCCGCCGCCGCUGCUGCCGUCGUCGCCACCGCCACCGCUUGAAAUGGAGACAGGAGAGGCUUCAUUGCAAGUUAAAGUCAGGGCCCGAUUUAUCAUUUAAUCUUUUUUUUUUAAACGCCGGUCGAGCAGAGUGGGGAGCAACACGACUGGCAGGAGGCCACGGCCGCAGCGCGGGAGACAGUACGGGGGGUGGGGGGGGGGGGGGAUGCGUGCCAGGUGCGUGAAAAGAUUUCACCUGUUGAGGUGCGUCCGGAGCAGGAGCUAAUUCGCACGGGACGUGGUCUCUAACCCGGGGAUACGUCUCGCUCGUGUCGAGGAAAUAAACCGUGGAACCCAGCAGCAAGGCAGGGCUCAAGGGAGGCGCGGCGGGGAUGGGGAACGAUGGCGAUGUAAUCACGGGUGCCCGAUCGUAGAUUGCCGCAGCCUCUCUGGCUUGUAGCGCACGCCAAGGUCGGGCUGGAGGCUUAUGAAAUACGUCACGGGGUCAUAGCGCUAUCGCUGUGUACCACCCCGUCACGGCGUCAUACCCCCAUCACUCUACACAACUCCAUCACGGGAUCAUACCCCAAUCACUCGACACAACCCCAUCACGGCGUCAUACCCUUAUCACUCUAUGCAACCUCGUCACGGCGUCAUACCCCUAUCACUCUACGCAACCUCGUCACGGCGUCAUACCCCCAUCACUCAACACAACCCCGUCAUGGCGUUAUACCCCCAUCACUCUACACAACCCUGUCACGGCGUCAUACCCCCAUCACUCUACACAACUCCGUCACGGCGUCAUACCCCCAUCACUCUACACAACUCCGUCACGGCGUCAUACCCCCAUCACUCUACACAACUCCGUCACGGCGUCAUACCCCCAUCACUCUACACAACUCCGUCACGGCGUCAUACCCCCAUCACUCUACACAACUCCGUCACGGCGUCAUACCCCCAUCACUCUACACAACUCCGUCACGGCGUCAUACCCCCAUCACUCUACACAACUCCGUCACGGCGUCAUACCCCCAUCACUCUACACAACUCCGUCACGGCGUCAUACCCCAUCACUCUACACAACUCCGUCACGGCGUCAUACCCCCAUCACUCUACACAACUCCGUCACGGCGUCAUACCCCCAUCACUCUACACAACUCCGUCACGGCGUCAUACCCCCAUCACUCUACACAACUCCGUCACGGCGUCAUACCCCCAUCACUCUACACAACUCCGUCACGGCGUCAUACCCCAUCACUCUACACAACUCCGUCACGGCGUCAUACCCCCAUCACUCUACACAACCCCGUCACGGCGUCAUACCCCCAUCACUCUACACAACUCCGUCACGGCGUCAUACCCCCAUCACUCUACACAACUCCGUCACGGCGUCAUACCCCCAUCACUCUACACAACCCCGUCACGGCGUCA